ACACUGAGUAAUAAUUUAACAGAUAACACUGCGGCCAGUGCUGCCAGUGCCAAUUACUAGUAUGUCACCUAGUAUGUCACCUGCCGCGUCUUCAAAGAAAACAACUCUGAUGUCAACAAUAUCUACAAGCAAAGAUUCAAUUUCUCUGACGACCACCCACGUUACGUUUUCUCCAAGAUUUCUACUCGGGGACACGAGUCGUUGCAGGGAAGCGAUUUUGUCGGGACAUUUUAUAUCACAAUAUGGUCAACAUUGCUACGAGCUCGUGACACAUUAUAAUAGAAACUGGAUGCUCUCCGAGCUAUUUUGUCGUUUACAUGGUGGACAUCUACUGUCAGUGUAUAGUGCUGCUGAAGAGGAGUACGUGUAUCAGUUGCUCACAUGGAGACACGUGACAGAAGCAAUCUGGACUGGGUUAAAUGAUAAAGACGAUGAGGAAAUAUUCCGCUGGUCAUCAGGCGAACCGGUACUAUACCGCAAUGGUAUAAACUGGAAGAAAGGUAGAAAAAGUUCGAGUUACGAACAAGAGGAUUGCGUACUUCUCCAACCUGGUACCUAUCCUGGAGAUUGGGACGAUGUUAAUUGUAACGCAUCACAUGCAUUUAUUUGCAAAUAUAAUAUUGGUAAAGAUGUGUCAAAUGUUCCGGUACAUAUCGGAUGACCCAGUUGGAACGUAGAAGAACUAUUCCAUUCUCUUACGUGAAAAGAAAACAAAGUUUGAAACUACCUAGGCGGAUCAUC